GAGUCGGGGCCGCCGCGCGCAGGGAACUGUCGGCGUCGUCUGUAAUUUAUGAGCUUCGCCAGUUCUUUUUAGGCAAUAUGAGUAAGCGAGAAGGUAGUGUGACAUUGCUUAUUCCUGUGAUAUCGAGUCUAUCUUAAAAUUCCCCGUGACCUGGGCAGUGCGGGGGGCUGAGUGACGCCCUGCACUGGCUGCGGCUGAGAGGGACAGCUUGUAAUAAACCUCGUGUUAUUCUGGCCCUGAGUUAUCGAGCACCCUCCAGCCUUUGUUUUCCAGGAUGACUAGUGCAAGCUGUCACCUGUGCCCCCGGCCAGGUGUGGGGAGUGCAGGGCGAGGGGCGUGGUGGUGAGGCCUGGUGGUGGCGGUGGUGGUGAUGGUGGCAUCUUCAGGUAGUGAGGUUGAAGGGUCGUAAGGGUUAGAAGGAAAGGGUUGUGUUGGAUAGGUGUCUUAUAGUAAUUUGUGUAGUUAUAUUUAUUGUUGGUAAUUCUUUAUAAUUGGUCCGCCCCCCGCUCCCUCCCCAUUAUUGGUUUGCAAGUCAUGAUAAUGUUCCAGUUGGUUUAAUUGUAUGUGUCAGGGCUGGGGUGAUGUUGGAUAGGUGUCUUGUAAUAGUUUGUGCAUUUUCAGUUAGUGUUUCGAGUCCUGGCACAAGCAUUCUGUUUGGUUCUAUAAGGUUAUAUUGUAUUACCAUUAUUAGGCAAAUGUUAAGUAGUUCUAUGACAUUCAGGUAUAGAGAGGAGGAUUAUGAGCAGGAAUAAAGACUAAGGUUACAUCUUGGCUAUAUCGUGUGGUUAUAGACAAGGGCUAGUGUGACGGGGAAUUUCAUUUAUAUUCUUGGUUUGUUUGAUUUUUCGUUUUGGAAACAAGUUAAUAUACUGAAGGCUCAAGGGAUGAUGGUUGUAUAUGAAGGUUAAUUUUUGAGGUAAUGACUUUAAUAAGUGUCUGGUGUGAUUAGAUUUCCUUUACUGGACAGAGGUCAGUUGUAAGCUUCCUCUGAGAGCUUACGGCAGGAUGGUUUUUGGCAAUUGAUAUUGCUGAUCAUGUCCUGAAUUUAUUACAGAGUUAGAAUUUCUGUACAAAACUAAGUAAAGUAAGCUUAGCUUCAUAUUUGUAAAUGUCUCAGGUGUCUUAUUGUACAUUUUUUUUUAUCUCAUCUACAUGUUGAUUCUUUCUCUUGAAACUGGUUGAGAAUGCGUUAAGAUGAAUGGAUGUGUGUGUGUAUGGUAAUUAGAAGCUGCCUGAAAACACAGCAAGAGGUGUUUCACUAAAUGCAUUCAACUACAACAAACAUUUAAUUUUUUUAUUCUUAGGUUCACUAUUAGAGUACAGUGCUGUUCUUGAUGCAGUUUUUUUUUUGUCAGUCAAAUUCCAGUUUAAGAAUUUUCUUCUAUGCACUGUAAAGGAUUUGAUAACAAUGUUUUUAUCAUGUAAUUAUCCAGUAGUGAUUUACAUAAAGCCAUUGUUUGAUAUUUAGUAUGAGGAGAGCAUGGUAUUGUCACAUCUGUUAUAUUUUUUCAUUGUAAAUUAUAGAAUGAUUUAUUGUUACAUUUCAAUAAAAAUACAUAAUAGACUUUAAUGCCCUCGUCAUCCUUACAUUUUCAUUGUAACAUUCAGUUUCAGAAUUGCUAAUUUGCAUAAUAUAUACAUAAAAAAAACUUUAGUAGUUGUGAUUGGCAGGCAGUUUUUUAUAAGUUGUGUUCAUGAUGUAAUAUUUGAAGAUACUAAUUUGAAUUUAAUAUAACAAAUAUUUUGAAGUCUUAUCUGUAAUCUAACAAUUUUUUACAGUUUUUGAAACAGACUCAUAAAAUUCUCAUUAUAUUGUGUGUGAGAGAUAGAAAGAUUGUUAUAAAUUACAGAACUUUGUUGAUUGGGACAACACUAACUAGUCUUUGAGGCAACAAGUACACAGUUAGAGUAUUUGGAAAUAUCAACAGCUGAUAACUGGGGUUGGCAUUGUGUUGUGUAAAGUACACAGUUUGGGAACAGUCUGGCAGGACACUCAGGGACACUGGCAGCAUCUUAUAGUUUGUAGUGGUGCACCGAUGACGGCUGUCCUGGUGAACACUGUGGUCAGGCAGGACACAGGCCAUGGCAGCAGCUGGUGAUGGUGGUUAAUGUUGCGCUGUCUGAUGUGCUCGCUUCCACCCUCUUCUCACGGGUUUCUUUAUCUCACCUUCGCCAGUGUUUAUCUCCAGAGACGUCACUGGAGGACCAGAGGCCGCCUGCCCCCAAGCGGCCAGUGGAGGAGGAGGGGGAAGGGGAGGGGGAGGAGGAGCCUAAGAAAAAGCUUAGUUUUGGCCUCAGCAGCAAACCUGAGGGGAAGCUUGUCCUCCCUGUCAAGAAGCCAAGUGGUGGCAUCUCCAUCAAGCUGGGCCAGUCACAGAAGGCAGCAUCUCAGGCGGGUGGAACAGCCUCCCUCCUGAAGCCCAAGGUGGGUGCAGCAGCAGCAGCAUUCAGCACCGGUGAUGACGAUGAUGACGAGGAAGAGGAAGAGAUGCCACCCGAGGCCAAGAUGAGAAUGAAGAACAUUGGCAGGGACACCCCAACGUCUGCCGGCCCCAACAGCUUCGGCAAAACCCGGAUGGGAUUCUGUGACUCUAAAAAGAUCUAUGAGAAGCAGCUGAAGGAAGUGCAGGACAAAGCAAACAAAGUGGUGCCGGACAGUGUGUAGGGGAGACAGUAGGUGAGGCCGUGCACCCAACAUGGCCCGUAGCAAGAUGAGAGCAGGCCUGGGCUGUGCUGGUCUGGGUUACGCUGGGGAUUUGUUGGUUAUUUGGACAUCCCUCCUUUAGGCCUUAAGGUGUAGCCAUGCAGCCAGAAGGUUUUGUGACCCAUCAUCAGUUUUGUGUGUAUAAAUUGUAUCAUAAAGGACUCCACACACAAUGGAGUUCUAGCAGAGUUACAGUACUGGUUGACAUCUUGAGAGUUGGAGUGUGUGUGCAUGUGUGUACGAGUGCGUGUGUGUGCUUGUGUGUGUGUGUGUGUGUGUGUGUGUGUGUGUGUGUGUGUGUGUGUGUGUGUGUGAACGAUGGUUUUGGCAUGGCAUUAUGGGUGUCUGGUUGUAUCAGUGAGGUGUGUUGGCCAUGCCACAUGCUCCAUGCAGGACAGGCUGGUGCAGUAGGCAGUGUGCUCCCCUCAGUACUGUGUAUUGAGGCAGGACACGUGAAUCCACCAGCGGGUUUGUUUGACUUGUUAUAAAGUUAUGGUGUGAAUCACGCUUUCCAAUUCCAAAUAUUACUUACCUGUUAUUGAUUUUUAUCUCACAGUGAACUCAUGGAUGUUAUUGACAAAGGAAUAUUUCUAACUGCAGUAAACUAUUCUCCAUUAGCAAUGCUUUAUAUCAAGAGGGAGUGUGGAAUAGCCAAAAGGUUACUCUUCUUUGACUACUACAGAUUAACAUUGCACGAAAUAUAUGUACCUGUCAUUGGAAUUUAUAUCUUGGAUUUUGCCAUAGAGUAUGUUAUAAGACUUAAGUAUUAACUUGAACUUGCCUUUCUGAGGAAUGCUAUGUUUUUUAAGUCUGGUGUGAGGAAUGGGGAGACGUGCUAUGUAAAUCAGGUUUGAGGAGUGGGAGAGGAGGAAGGCAUACUUCAGUAGUUGAUGUGGUUGAUAAGUAACUUUUAACAUUAUUACUACUUAGUGCAGUUUGUGCCAUCACAGUUUUCCCUCGGCAAGCACAGAAUCACAGUCCAUCAGCCUUUCCCUUGGAGUGGUGAAGGUGGUGGUGGUGGACAGAGGCCAGCAUGGGUGUUGGAUGCCUAUCAUCUAUCCAGACAAAGUCAGGCUGAGUCACAUAAAUUCUUGUGCUUUAUUAAGAAUUUCCAACCAGCUUUCCAUAUCCACACAUCUUCAGCCACUGUGAAUGAACUGUUGUGUGAAAUUCCAGAGUUGUUCUUUAAAUUUUUGCACCAUAAUUGUAUGUAAACACAUUCUGAACAUGUCCAACUGUAGCUGCAAGCUGGGGCAUCCACAGGGUUGUUGUAUCACAAGGGACGCAUGUGUCCAAGGGAAGGCAAAGUGAGGGUCAAAUCAUAAAGUAAUGGAUCAUUAUCAGGAAAAAAAGUGCAGAAAAGUUUGCUGGCCCUUCAGUUUCUAUGAAGCAAAUUGAGGUGUCUUUAAAAGGAGAUCCCAAGCCCUAUUCUCAAGGGCAGUAUUGGAACCACAUUUUGAAUACCCUGAUUACUUGAGCCUCCCAACCCCACCCAUCAUCCUAUGGAUAACCAAGUUUGCAAGUAAUCCCCAAGUGAUUGCAAUCCCUCCCUCUGUGCACCAACAAUUUUCAAGGCCAGUUGGUGGGCACAACCUCUUUGGUGUUGCUUAAAGGCCUCAGGUUCCAGUAACACUGCAGCAAAAUUGUUUUUCUGUUGAGCACUGUUUGUAAUGUUACCUCCUUUUACCUUUUCUUAAACUCUACUGCUGUCAUAGCUUUCUUUCAUGACGCUGUCAUCAACAGCAUCAUUAAGUACUAUUUGUGGUUGAGAAUUUAUUAUAAGAAAUAUAUAUAUAUAUUUAAAUGUACAUACAUACAUAUAUCAUUACACAGUGGCAGAUGGCAUUAUAUUCUGUACAGAUAUGUGCAGUAUUUCAAUACUUAUCAUAUACACAUUUGUCUGUAUUGGACAUUUCCCUUUAUGAUGAUUGUUUUCACACACUGAAGGUGAAGCAUGUGGUGUAGGAGAUAUUGUUGAUAUGUACAGGCAGUCCACAUCACCAGGGAGUGUUGCAUUCCUUCAAACACCACCUUCAGCAAGCUUGUUACUCCUUCAUUUUUAAACUUGAAUGUUAUUCGAAGGAAGUUAUAUUCUUGGGCAUCAUUUGUGUCAACACCCCUUAGUCCAUUCCUGUACUGAGAACAGUUUUGUAAAUGUUGCCCAGUGACAGCAAAGCUGUUCUAGGGCUUUGAAACCAGUGUUUACUUUAUGUAUAUGUUCUUUACAUUUUGAUUUUACUUUUUUCUAGAUUGAAUUAUUUUUCUAUGUGGUUGUUUAUGAUUCAGCACAAUUACAUUACUUAGAACUUUUCCCGCCCGCAUACAAUGCCGUAGCAUUAGUUUACUGAAGCCAGUUUAUAUUUCCUGUAUGUAUUCUCCAGUGGCAGUGUUGUGUACCUUUGCAUGAAGGGCAGCAACAGCCUAGUGACAACUGACCACCUGAGGAGUGACAGCACUCGCUCUCUGUAGCAUCCUAUCACAAUGAACUGUCUGAGGACAUCACUGAAACUUCCCAGAGCCUGAGAUGGAAGAGCCAGGGUGAUGGGAAGCAUUGUGUCCAUGCAGCAGAGCUGUUUGUGCUGCAGCGUGUGGUGCUGUCCUCUCCGUGCAGCAACAGUCAGUGUGAUGCCAUACCAGACCUCAAUUAUUUCUGCAAAUAAAUUUUCCCAAGAUUUGUUAAA